UCUGCGCCGCCGCCGCCGCCGCCCCCGCGCGCAGCCAUUGCGGGCAGGCCCCGGCGCUGCGGCCCGUCCGCCCCGCGCUGCCCGGCGCGGCCCCGGGGGACAUGGUGGCGGGAUGGCCCGGCCCGGAGACACCUUCCCGCUGCACCGGCUCGUCUGGCACAACCGGCACCAGGCGCUGGACAGCGCCCUGCGCUCCGGCACGCACGACGUGGAGCUGACGGACCCCCGCGGGAGGACCCCGCUGGAGCUGGCCGUGUCCCUGGGCCACCUGGAGUCGGUGCGGGUGCUGCUGCGGCACAACGCCAACGUGGGCCGCGAGAAUGCCAACGGCUGGACGGUGCUGCAGGAGGCGGUGAGCACGGGGGACCCCGAGAUGGUGCAGCUGGUGCUCCAGUACCGCGACUACCAGCGGGCGACGCGGCGGCUCGCCGGCAUCCCCGAGCUGCUCAGCAAACUGCGCCGGGCAUCCGACUUCUAUGUGGAGAUGAAGUGGGAGUUCACCAGCUGGGUGCCCCUGGUCUCCAAGGUCUGUCCCAGCGACGUUUACCGCGUCUGGAAGCGGGGGGAGAGCCUGCGCGUUGACACCACGCUGCUGGGCUUCGAGCACAUGACGUGGCAGCGCGGCCGCCGCAGCUACAUCUUCAAGGGGGACGAGGACGGCGCGGUGGUGAUGGAGGUGGACCACGACAAGCAGGUGGUCUACACAGAGACCUUGGCCUUGGCCUUGCACGAGCCCGACCUGCUGCUGGCGGCCAUGCAGCCCUCGGAGGAGCACGUGGCCGGGCGGCUGACGUCCCCCAUCGUCUCCACGCACCUGGACACCAGGAACAUCGCCUUUGAGAGGAACAAGUCGGGGAUCUGGGGCUGGCGCUCAGAGAAGAUGGAGGUGGUCAGCGGCUACGAGGCCAAGGUGUACAGCGCCAGCAACGUGGAGCUGGUCACCAAGACCAGGACAGAGCACCUGUCCGACCAGGACAAGUCACGCAGCAAAGGCUCCAAGACCCCCUUCCACUCCUUCCUGGGCAUCGCGCAGCAGCACGGCACCCACAACGGGGCACCCGUGCUGCAGGCUGCCAGCCCCACCAACCCCACAGCCAUCACCCCCGAGGAGUAUUUCGACCCCCACUUCGACCUGGAGACCCGCAACAUUGGGCGCCCCAUCGAGAUGUCCAGCAAGGUGCAGAGGUUCAAGGCCACGCUGUGGCUGUGCGAGCAGCACCCGCUGUCGCUGGCAGAGCAGGUGACCCCCAUCAUCGACCUCAUGGCCAUCUCCAACGCCCACUUCGCCAAGCUGCGCGACUUCAUCACCCUCAAGCUGCCGCCCGGUUUUCCUGUCAAGAUCGAGAUCCCCCUGUUCCACGUCCUCAACGCCCGCAUCACCUUCAGCAACCUGUGCGGGUGCGACCAGCCGCUGGGCUCCGUGCGGGUCUGCACCCCCAGCUACCCCCCCGGCACACAGCCCCCCGGCACACAGCCCCCCAGCGCCAAAGGGCCCCCCGCAGGGGGUGCAGCAGGCUGGCCGUUCCCGUGCGAGGUGGAGCCGGGGGUGUUCGAGGUGCCGGCGGGGUACACGGUGCUGGGCGCGGGGCGCAGCGAGCCCCUGCGGGAUGAGGAUGACGACCUGCUGCAGUUCGCCAUCCAGCAGAGCCUGCUCGACGCCGGCACCGAGACCGACCAGGUGACCAUUUGGGAGGCGCUGACCAACACCCGCCCGGGCACCGACCCACCCCCCUACGACGAGGACCUGCAGCUGGAGCGAGCCCUGCAGGAGAGCAUGCUGCUGCAGGCCGGCCCCAGCGCCGACCCCCCGGCAGCCGGGAGCCCCCCCGGGGCAGGUAGGGGCACCCCUCCAGGCCCCCCCGGCUACGGCAGCUUCGCGGAGCAGCUGCGCUUGGCCAUGGCGCUCUCAGAGCGGGAGCAGGAGGAGCAGGAGCGGCGCCGGCGCGAGGAGGAUGAGGAGCUCCAGCGCAUCCUGCGCCUGUCCCUCACCGACAAGUAGCGCCAUGGCGCUUGGGGACAGGGUUGUCCCAGGUGGGGACACCCCCACGGGGACAGGGACACACCGUUGUCACCGCGUCCACUGGGGACUGCCUCGUGCUGGGACAGCUUGAUGUGGGCACCGUCCCGCACUGGGACACCCCAGCUUGGGCACAGCCCUGCCUGGGAACCAGCCGGUGCUGGGGUGACACCCCCGUGCCAGUGACCCCCCCUGGUGUGGGCACAGCCCCCGCACAGGGGGAAUUGAUCCAGGGAUCCUCCUACCCCCGGGACCCCCGAACCAGGGAUCCCCUCCCGCCAGGCUCAAACCUCAGCCCAGAGACCCUGAUCUGGGGACCCCCACCCCAGGGACACCCCUAUCCCCAGGACCCCCACCCUAGGGCCCCCCUCCUCUUUGGUGUUGUACGUUGACCCCGCGGGGGACAGGACGGGCCCGGGGGUCCCUGUGGACAUCGCUGACUCCUAUUCAACAGCACCCCAUGCUUGGGGAUGGCAGGGACCCCCAGGCCUCAUCCCUUGGUGGCAGUGGGGGGCUGGAGGGACCUCGGAUGUAUGUACAUAUACAUAUACAUAUAUAUAUAUAUAUAUAUCUACACAGA